AUGACAGCCGACAGCAUCAGCGGCGCCUCAGGAAACGAAAAGCCUGGGGCUCAAUUACGCCUUUCCGCAGAUCAAGACGAACAAGAGAUCAGAGACAAGUACCGGCCAUUUUUGCGGCACUUUCCUAGAUGCGACGGUUCGGAUUGGAUCGAGGAUCUUGAGCUAGAUACUGUCACUGAGAUGGCCCGAGCAAAUCUAGCCCGCACCGGCUCACGUUUAAAAGUGUUGGUCCUUUACGGCAGCCUUCGAAAGAGAUCCUACUCCAGGCUUACGGCCUACGAAGCAGCCCGCAUACUGCACAGGCUGGGCUGCGACGUGCGCGUCUUUGAUCCCACGCUGCUCCCUAUCCGCGACUCUGUACCGCCAGAGCACCCGGCCGUGCAGGAGCUGCGCGCGCUGUCCUUCUGGAGCGACGGCCACGUGUGGUGCGCCCCAGAGCAGCACGGUAACCUGACGGCCGUCUUCAAGAACCAGAUUGACUGGAUCCCGCUGUCGACGGGCUCGGUGCGGCCGACGCAAGGCCGCACCCUCUCCGUGGUCCAGGUCAACGGCGGCAGCCAGUCGUUCAACACGGUCAACAGCCUGCGCGUCCUCGGCCGCUGGAUGCGCAUGUUUACCAUUCCCAACCAGUCGAGCAUACCCAUGGCCUAUAAGCAGUUCGAGAAUGAAGGUGGCGACGGUAGUGGCGAGGCGCGCCUGCUGCCCGGUGGCAACCGUGACCGCCUCGUGGAUUGCAUGGAGGAGUUUGUUAAAUACACCAUCAUUAUGCGUGAGCACUUUGGGCUGUUUGGCGACCGGUACAGCGAGCGCAAGGAGUCUGCCGCCAAGGCUACCCAAGCAAUUUCAGCUAGCGCUCUAAAAUAG